GGCCGGUCCUUCUCCUAAAGUCCCCCUUUUUCGUUCGCGCUGUGGAAGGCGUUAUUCAAACGCUGGGGAAGGCAUCUUGGUUCGGAACACAAGUCGAGAAGUCAAACAAACGCACUCGUACUUCGCAAACAGCCUUACACCUUCGCCCUACUCGCCGCUUAUUACCUUCGCUGAUGAAACUCCACUGCUGCAACUACGGCGGCGCAUGGCCGGAAAAUGGAAGCUAUAAACAGCAGCCUUAUCUCCGAGAUUACAUCCCCUCCAUCCCUUCCAGUAAAAACUCUCUCUUUUCAAUUCCGCUUCCUUCUUCCAGGGUUUCUCCAUUGUUAAAGCUUCAAUGUUUCCCUUUUUCUACGCCCCCAGCUCCUAAGAAUCGGGACGGAGCCUCCUUUCUUUCUAUUCUCAAAACCCUAGCAUCUAAAAUAGACCAUGACUUCCCUGACGAAACAAUAGAUUCUCUUGUGAGCAGUCUUAGCCCCAAGUUGCAAACCAUCCUUCUCAAAAAGCAGAAGGACUGGAAGCGAUCCCUUAACCUUUUCCGGCGGAUGAAGUCCGCUAAGGACUACUCUCCGAACCCAAUUCACUAUAAUAUUAUCCUCCGCUCACUCGGAAAGGCCCUGAGGUGGGACGAGCUCCGCCUCUGUUGGAUUCAAAUGGCCAAAGAUGGAGUUUUUCCUACUAACAACACAUAUGCAACCCUAAUAGAUGUUUAUGGAAAGGCCGGCCUUGUAAAGGAAGCUCUUUUGUGGCUCAGGCACAUGAAAUCUAGAGGUGUUUUCCCUGAUGAGGUCACCAUAAACACUGCUAUUCAGGUUUUGAAAGGGUCCGGGCAGUUUGAUAUCGGUGAAAGGUUAUUCAAAGGUUGGUGUGCUGGAAAAGUUGAACUGGAUUGUCUUGAUCUUAGUCAUGAUGGCUUGGCUGACUCCACUGUGUUUAGCUCCAAGCAUUUUCUGCUGACAGAAUUGUUUAAAUCAGGUGGACGUGCUCCCGUUUCUCAGAUUUCUUCAGAUUUGGCUCGAGGUCCACAGAAACCCAGACGCGCAGCCACUUAUAACACCUUGAUAGAUCUAUAUGGGAAAGCUGGAAGAUUGAAGGAUGCUUCAGACGCAUUCCUUCAGAUGUUGCAGUCUGGGGUGAUGCCAGAUAUUCUCACGUUUAACACCAUGAUAAACAUUUGCUGUUCCCAUGGGCAUUUGCUGGAGGCGGAGGCUUUACUGAUUAAAAUGGAAGAGAGGAGAAUCUACUCUGAUACUAAAACAUUCAACAUAUUUAUGACUUACCAUGCUUCAAAUGGAGAUGCUGACAAUGUAUUGAGGUGUUACAGAAAGAUGAAAGAGUCUGGCCUUCAUCCUGAUGCUGCAAGUUUCAGAAUAAUCUUACAAAUUUUGUGUGAAAAGAAGAUGAUUUCUGAAGUUGAGGAUGUGAUUGAGGAAAUAAUGGAAUUAGGCUCUACUGUUGAUGAGCAAUCACUGCCUGUCGUUAUGAAGAUGUACAUUGCCGAAGGAUUGCUCGACAAGGCAUUCAUUUUCUUUGAGAUGCAUUGCUAUGGUGGAGACAUUUCCUCCAAGAAUUGUGCUGCUAUAACUGAUUUGUUUGCAGAGAAAGGCUUUUGGAAGGAAGCCGAGGAAAUCUUCUUGGCGACGAAGAAGGUAGGCUGUAACAAGGAUGUUGUUGAAUAUAAUGUUAUGAUUAAGGCGUAUGGGAAGGCUAAGCUGUAUGAUAAAGCUUUAGAGCUCUUUGAAAUGAUGCAACGUAGCGGACCCUGGCCUGAUGAUUGCACAUAUAAUUCACUCAUUCAGAUGCUUUCUGGUGGUGAUUCGCCAGACAGGGCAAUGGAUUUACUAAACCAAAUGAGAAAGUUAGGUUUCGUUCCUCGAUGUGAGUCUUUUUGUGCCGUUCUUACUGGUUAUUGUCGAACGGGUUUACUUUCCAAUGCUGUUGAGAUCUACAAAGACAUGAUAGAAUGUGGUGUUGACCCUAACGAAUUCGUUUAUGGUUCGUUGGUGGAUGGUUUCGCUGAAUCUGGGAGAAUAGGGGAGGCAUUGGAAUAUUGUAACAUCAUGGAAAAAUCUGGAUUGAAGGCCAAUCAUAUAGUCCUCACUUCGUUAAUCAAAGCUUAUGGCAAGGUUGGCUGCUGGAAAGAAGCUCAGGAUUUGUAUGGAAAGAUAAAGAACAUGGAAGAUGGUCCAGAUGUCAUUGCCUCAAAUUGCAUGAUCAAUUUGUAUGCUGGUCUAGGAAUGGUGAACGAAGCAAAAUUGAUUUUUGAUGACAUGAUAAUAAAAAAUCGAGCAGAUGAGGUUUCUUAUGCAACAAUGAUGUAUCUUUAUAAAAGCAUGGGUAUGUUAGAAGAGGCUACUGAUAUUGCUAAAAAGAUGCAGCAAUCUGGUUUGGUUAAAAACUGCACUUCAUUUAACAACGUUAUGGCUUCAUAUGCAGUCAUCGGAAAGCUCAAAGAUUGCGGCGAGUUAUUGCACGAAAUGCUGAUGGAAAAAAUCCUACCUGAUGCUUUGACAUUUAAAAUUCUUUUUACUGUGUUGAAGAAGGGAGGAUUUCCACCCGAGGCGAUUUUUCAGCUGGAAUCUUCAUAUAUUGAAGAAAAACCUUAUGCUAGAGAGGCUGUAAAAACUUCAUUUUUUUCAACUGUAGGUCUGCAUACUUUUGCACUAAAUCUAUGUGAAGCAUUUGUAUAUUUUGGGGUGGAACUUGAGCCCUUUGCGUACAAUGCUGCCAUUGGAGCUUUUGGAGAAGCUGGGGAGGUUGAUAAAGCCUUGAAUGCUUACAUGAAAAUGCAGGAUGAUGGUCUUAGGCCAGACAUGGUGACGUACGUCCAUUUGGCAAGCUGUUAUGGCAAGGCAGGAAUGAUUGAAGGGUUGAAGAGGAUUUAUGGCCUGUUGAAGUAUGCUGAAUCUCUUUACAAGGCCUUGAUAUGUGGUUAUAAGGAAGCUGGUAGAUAUGAUCUUGCAGCAUUGGUUGAUAAAGAGAUGAGAUUUUGUGUCCAAAAUGAUAGGGGGAUCAAAGAUGAUUAGGAAGUUUAUUAUGAUUCCAAGUGAGUUUGAAGUGGUGGUUUUGAGUUUUUUGAAACCUGUAAAAUGAUUAGAAAAGCAAACUUCAAGGCAGUAAAAAAGCGGGAUAUAUCCAUUGGGAGGCAACUCUCAAUCAGAAAUGAAACGGGUUCUUGUUAAGUGGCGUGUUGACUAGAAACAUGUUUAAUCUUUUGUUGAUUUGAAACAAAAGUUCUUUAUAUAUAUUGGUUUUUAUUAUUUUUUUUACAGUCGUCUCCUCUAAAUUUGGCUUGAUGUCUUGGCUGAGAAUAGGUUGCGACUAGAAGAAGCUUUACAAGAAGGUGGGAGAUGCGCAGAGACCAGAGACACAUAGCACGAGGAAAAGAAGAUGAGAAACCAUGAAUUUUGUUGGGAUUUUAAUUGCCUACUGUAAGUUCAUAUGUAAUAGCUUAAAUAAUC